GCACAGGGCGAGCUUCAGCUCCGUGGUCCCCUGGCCCCUCCUUCCCACCGGCUUUCCCUUAGGAAAGGACGGGCCCUUCCCUCCCUUCCUCCUCGUUCUCUCCUCUCCAGGAUGGAGGGAGAGCUGGAGCCGGGGAACCCGGGUAUCCAGGCACACGAAGAAGAGGGUCCAAGAAGGGACGAAUCCCGGGAUGAAGGAGAGAAACAAGUAGGGGUCGGAGGGCUGGAACGCCCGAGCCCCAGGAGGGGCCUAGAAUGCCCUUUUGUCCCCCUGGGGCGCAGAGAUAGGGGAGAUGCUACUCUUCAGCCAGGAGUUCUGGAGGAUGAAAGAGCUCCAGGGCUGGCUCCUGGAGAUCUGCCCCCCAGCCCUGUUUUCAGGUUCCCUUCUGGACCCCCGCCUGAAAGGCCCUUUCUUGUCUGGCCGGGCCAGCCAGCUGCCUGUGAAAUGAUGUUGGGGCUCCAGAGACUCUGUGGAGCAGGCCAGGGCGAGCGGGAAGAGAAACUUGCUGGAAUAGGUCUCAGGUCGGCCCUCCCAGGGUCCAGAUCCUUUGGUUGCCUCCAGUGCGGACUGGCUGUGGCUAGUCUUCCCGAUCUGAUUCACCACCAGAGUACCCACCCAGGGGAGAAGCCCUACAGGUGCCCUGAGUGUGGGAAAGAGUUUCGAAGGGGCUCAGACCUAGUGAAGCACCACCGGGUGCACACUGGAGAAAAGCCUUACCCCUGCCCGGACUGUGGCCGUUGCUUCAGCCUUAGCUCCAACCUGAUCCAGCACCGAAGAUCUCACACGGGCCACCGGCCCCACAAAUGCCCCGACUGUGGUGAAGGAUUUGGCCGAAGUUCAGACUUAGUGAAGCACCAAAGAGUCCAUACAGGUGAAAAACCAUACACUUGUUCUGAAUGUGGCAAGAACUUCAGUGUCAGCUCCAACCUCAUCCAACAUCAGCGAACUCAUACAGGAGAAAAGCCAUAUAAGUGUUCAGACUGUGGAAAGAGCUUCAGCCUGAGUUCUAACCUGCUGCAGCAUAGGAGAUCACAUACUGGUGAGAAACCCUACAAGUGUGCUUGGUGUGGAGACAGCUUUGGCCGGAGCUCUUAUCUGCUCAAACACCAGCGUUCCCAUACAGGUGAGAAGCCAUAUAAUUGCUGUGAAUGUGGCAAGAGUUUCACUAACAGCUCAGACUGUUUACGCCACCAGCGGACCCACAAUGGUGAAAAGCCUUUUAAAUGCCCUGAUUGUGGUAGAGGCUUCAAUGAGCGUUCCCAGUUCACAGAUCACCAGCGAAUUCACACGGGAGAUCGGCCUUAUUCCUGUGCAGAUUGUGGCAAGAGCUUCUAUCACAGCUCUAAACUUAUCAAGCACCAGCGGUCUCACACAGGAGAAAAACCCUACAAGUGUCCUGAAUGUGGCAAGAGCUUUGUGGAUAGUUCAAACCUUCUCCGGCAUAGACGGACCCACAUUGGGGAGAAGCCAUAUACUUGUAGUGUCUGUGGAAAGGGUUUCAGUCAGAGUUCACACCUUCUUAUCCAUCAGGCAGCCCAUAGUGGUGAAAAGCCUUAUGUUUGCCUGGAAUGUGGGAAGGCUUUUGCCCGAAGUUCUAACCUGGUUCAGCACCAGAGGACCCAUCAGACUGGGCGUCCCUAUAAAUAUCCUAUCUUUGGUCAAAACUUUGGCCUUGGCCCUGAAUUUGUUCAGGACCUUGAGAACUCUUCAGGAGCUGGCUUCCUCUGAUCCCUAGAAACUAAAAAUAACAGAAUCCAGAUCAGAUAUAGUUUGAGAUGUGAACUCUGGGUCUUGUUGGAGUUCAACAACAACAUGUUGUCCUGGAACAACAUACUUCCUUCUUUGCAUAGGAACGUAGAUUCUGAAUUUCUAUCAUACUUCUACCCUAGUACAUAGGCUUUAAGGACUAAGGCAUACAGGACUAGAAAAAAAAAAGACUGAGGGAACUAAUGUAGAAAAAGUUACAGACUCAUUGGUGUAACUCCUGGUGGCAGAACUAGGGCCAGUGAAAAGUUAUAAUUAAAGCUACCUGUUUUUAAAAUCCAACUGAGUCAGAACUUUAAUUUCCUGUUACUUGCCUUCUCUAGGUGACAUAGCAAUUUGAAGUAUUAUAGAGUGGAUUCAACAUUAGAAAACAGGUUGAACUAGAUUACCUAAAGAUCUUUUCCACCUGUAUGUUCUAUGAUUCCAUGGUUCUAAGGCUUGUUAAAGUUGAUACUUCACAUUUACACCCAAGUUUAGGCUAAAUUGUCAGGAGGUUUCACUGAUGUUAUGGGAAGAGGCUAUGUGGCAUAAAAGGAAACAGGAUGGUGCCUUGGCCCAACUCUAGAGGGCAAAGAAUGGAUCAGAUACUUAUGUACUCAGCACCUGAGUCCUGAAGCCUUAGGGAGAUAUUCUUGGAGUUAAGAAAAGAUGGGUAACUUUGAAUGUUCCCAAUUAGUAUCCCUUGGUCAAACCAUAUGAAAUUUUUUUUUCACUCCUAGUGUCCUUCCAGGUUCUUAAGUUGCUACCCAGUCACAAUAAGAUGUGGGGCUUUUUGUGUUUUAUCUCCUAAGAGUAGGUAUAGAGCUUGGGGAAGAAUAAUGUUUAAUUCAAAGUGAUUAUUUGCUAAUUUAAUCUUGCAGUGAGAGAGAGAUUUGGGGGCUUGGUGGAGAACCAUUUCUAAGGCUUCCCAAGGUCCAGCCACUUUUUAAUUCUUGAUAACCUUCCCUACCCUCCUUCCCCAAGGUGUCCUAUAUCUUUGGAGAAAGGUAGGGACUACUUACACUGGGGCUGAUUAUGUCUUUCCAUAGGCCUGCAUGAAGUCCUUCCUGGGAGACCCAGUUUAGAUAAGAGCAAUCUUUUGCUACCAAAGAUAGCUCUGGACUGUUGCCUUAGUAUAAGGAAAGGAGUUCUGCUUCAGAAUUCUUAGAUGCUGGGAGGGUUGAACCAAACCAAAGGGUUGAAUUCAAACCAAAGGUUUGAAUGUUUUGGUUCUCAGAAAAGGUAGAAACAUUGGUUCCAAUCUCCAGCCCCCAAUAAAGAUGAUAACUGUGAAUGAUUGAUUAUUCUUGCCUCAAACUCUCAUCCUAUUCUUUUUUACUCCAGAGGCUUCUCUCUGUAUUUCAGCAAAAUAUGUUAGUAGGGCAGGAUAUCAAAGGAGACAAUCACCUUUUUCAGUUGUUCUUCCCCUGACUUCAUUGUGUAUGUCCUUGUAAGACAGGAAAAGAAUGCGGGGUGACUGCUAUCCUUUGUGCUUUUUAGUCUCUAAAAGAACCUUCUACUCCACAACUGUUUUACUUACAUUAUUUGACUUGCCUUCCUAGGAGCUCAGUGGGAAGGAGUAGUGUUUUCAUUUUGUAGUUGAGGAAGCUUUUUGCUUAUUCAGCAUUUGGAUAAUCUGUCAUAUUUCUUAGUUGAAGGGGGGUAUAAUUCUGGAAAAAUUAGGGAGAUAUUCUUGGAGUUAAGAAAAGAUGGGUAACUUUGAAUGUUCCCAAUUAGUAUCCCUUGGUCAAACCAUAUGAAAUUUUUUUUUCCGCUCCUAGUGUCCUUCCAGGUUCUUAAGUUGCUACCCACUCACAAUAAGACCUGGGGCGUUUUUGUGUUUUAUCUCCUAGAUACAUUAGAUUGGGAGUCUGAUCAGAUUUCUAGUCUCCCUUAGAUUUUAAUGAAAUCAUAAUCUCUUAUUCUCAGUUUCCUUAUCUGUUAAGUGAGGGAUAAUCUAGACCUCCCCUCCUCAGGUAGCAUCAAAUAAAAUCAUCAGAAGAUGUACCUUAGCUGUUAAUGUACAUUAAUUGAAAGUGCUAUAUACUUUAUUCUUGUUUGUGUAAUACUUAAUGCUACUCAUGAGGAUUACAUAGUAUAUCUUCUCAGGACAGACAUUUCUCCUUUACUUUGUAGAAGUAUGGAACUAUACAGAAUGGUUGGGAAGCAUUUUAACUUGUAUGUUUUAGGUUCAAUAGGCAAACUCUUAACAUGGGAGGAAAAGAAUGUGAGACUGGGGAGUCUGAAAUUCUGUAUGAUUAGACUCUUGCUGGUAAUGAAAGCAUUUGGGAUUCAUGAGAAUAUAAUCACUACACAAGACAUACAGUCCCUCUACCCCAGAAUUUCAUAUGGGGAGGGAGGGUUGGAUAGGUAGUGAAGUGUUCAAUUAGUUAUUCUCAUUGAUAUCAACAUCAAAAAUAGAAUUGAACUUCAAAUCAUUUAUUAAAUAUCUUAUAUAAUAACUAAACUGUAAAUCUAUAUUUAACUUAUAUUUUUAUUCUUUACUGUCCCAUGAAAUAAACUUUCAUAAAUCUA